AUGGCUAAAAACAAUUCAUACAAAGCUAUCAGCAAGACAUUAUUGUCUACUUUUGCUUUUUUGGAACUAUGCCAUUUGGCUACAGGGGCUAUAAUUAUCGCUCUUGGUAUAAAAUGGCUUUAUAGUAUUGGUCUUAACCUUAGGAGUGCUGUUAUAACGAAAGAAUUAAUUACGGGUGGAUUCGUUGUUGGCGGGUUAAUUGUUGUUUCAUUUUUAGUCGCAUUUGUUGGAUUCUUCGAUCCAUUGAAACGUAAGAACUGGUUAUUGACGCACGCAUUCUUUGUUGUUAUAACUUCAAUUGCACUUUUGAUUUUGGGUGCAAUCAUUUGGUUUGAAACAUUGGAUGAACGAAGACAAUUUGGCAAAAGUUGGGCGAGUUGGAGUGAAGAAAGAAGAGGCUACUUCCAAGAUUCGUUAAAAUGUUGCGGGUAUAAAGAUUCUACUGAUAAUAGAGCGUUAUCCAAAUUAUGCCCAAAUUCUCCACUUGAAGACACAUUACCACCCUGUAUAGAUUUAAUCACAAAGGCCGCAGAUCAAAUUUUACGAAAAUUGUUUACUUCACUAUUCGGUUUCAUAACCGUUGAUAUUUUUGUAUUUUUUGCAACUAUAAUCUUAAUUCAAGCAAGGAAUGUUGAAGAACGAUAUCGUAAAAUUGACGAAAAACAUGGUGCUUUAGGAGAUCAAGCAUUAAAAAGACAAUAUGUUUAA